GAAAACGCCAAAUUCUGAGCUAUUGCGUUCUUUACAAUUCACGUAGCAUAAAAACAAGACGUUCGAAUUUGUUUUGGAAGAAAGAAGUCGAGUUAGGCCCUACGAACUAGACCGCGUACGUGUUGUUAUUGUAUCCCUCCGCCGCAGUCGCACUAGAAAACCCCCCCCAGCUGUGUCGCUAAAGCUAGCUAGCAUCGCCUGUGUUUGCGAGUGUGUCAGCGAUUUGAGUCGUUCUUUGAGCUCACAGCUGCCGUACAAGCCUCAGGAGGGACCGACCUGUCGUCUGUCAUCCCCUCACCAUGAAGUUUCAGUAUAAAGAGGAGCACCCAUUCGAGAAGAGGAGGUCCGAGGGGGAGAAGAUAAGGAAGAAGUAUCCGGACAGGGUUCCUGUAAUUGUGGAGAAGGCUCCUAAAGCGAGAAUAGGAGAUCUGGACAAGAAGAAAUAUCUUGUCCCCUCUGACUUGACAGUGGGUCAGUUUUACUUCCUAAUCCGGAAAAGAAUCCACUUGCGAGCUGAAGACGCGCUCUUCUUCUUCGUAAACAACGUCAUUCCACCCACCUCGGCCACCAUGGGACUCUUGUACCAGGAGCAUCACGAGGAGGACUUCUUCCUCUACAUCGCCUACAGUGACGAGAGCGUGUACGGGAGCAGCCAAACGGACAUCUGAUGCCCCUCCCCCUCUCCUCCUCCUAAACCUUUCUGAGACCUCCAUCGUUCAUUCAGAUAUUAACAGUCCAGCUCCACAGCUUAGUUUCCAGAGUGAAUACGUCAAAAUGCACUUUCAUCACUUCUUCUUCUGCAGUCUGAAUUGUAUUAGCUCCGAUUUUCAGCACCGACUCUCCACACGUGGUCUCACGGCCAGUUAUCGAUCAUCAGUUAUUGAUCAUAGUUUUAAUU